AUGAUGUCUUCUAAACCACAUAAUCCACAAUUAAAAAUAUUUCGAACAAUAUGGGGUGCUGAAAGUCAAUUUUCAUCUGAUAUUAAUGUUUUAUUCAGUGAACUUCAUCGUCUUGGUUUCGAUGGUAUUGAAGCAUCACUGAAUGAUAUUCAUCGUUUAUCAAAAAAUAACGAUGAAUUUUUCAUAGAAACAUUAUCAAAAAAUCAACUUGAAUUAAUUGCAAUUUGUUAUACAAAUUGGGCUGAUUUUGUACCUGAAACAUGGGAAGAUUUAACAGUUGAUGAACAUUUAAAUAAUUUAAAAAGAGAAUUAGAACAAGUGAUGAAAUAUAAUCCAAUUCAUAUUAAUAUUCAUGGAGGACAAGAUAAUUGGACAUUAGAACAACAAGAAGCAUUUUUUCAAGGAGCAUUAGAUUUACAAGCUAAAUAUCCAAAUGUAACAUCAUCACAUGAAACUCAUCGUGGUCGUUCUUUAUUCAAUCCAACACUUACAUUACAUUUAAUAUCUCGUUUUCCAAAUCUUCGUUUGACUGCAGAUUUUUCACAUUGGUUAGUUGUAUGUGAACGUCUUCUUAAUCAUCCAUCUGAUAUAGAACGUAUGCGUCAGAUAAUAUCACGUGUUGAUCAUAUUCAUGCUCGAGUAGGUUCUGUUGACCAUGCUCAAGUUAACGAUCCCCUUAUUAAUGCACCAAAAGAAACUCAACUUAUGCAAAAUUGGUGGCAAAUGAUUUGGACUGAACAUAUGAAACAAAAUAAAACAAUAACAACAUUAACACCUGAAUAUGGACCAAUACCAUAUGCUAUGUCAAGUGAUAUUGAUGUAUGGAAAUUAACAAAUCAAGAAAUGGAACGACAAAGAAAUAAUUAUCAACAAUGGAUCAUUCAAAAUCAAGAUUAA